AUGCCUCCUCAUGCCAUCGCCAGUCCUAAGAAGAAACGAUCUGGCAAGCGCAAAGGAUCCGAUGCUUCAAAGGCCGGCUUGCCAAAGAAGUCUCGGGCUGCAGACAUUGCUGAGGUACCCAGCACGGUACCCCUCGUGUCCCUUGGCCUGACUGGAGCAGAAGCGGAACAAAAUGCUCCCCGGCAUUCUGGUCGCCCUAAUGCGGGAACUGGAGGUAGGAAUGCACAACUGGAGAAGAUUGGAUCAGUAUUGCAAUCCAAGCCUCGGACUCAAGAACGUAAGGGUACAACGUCCCUUGGUCUCAAUGUUCCAGUCAAUCCUCAAGCCCCAGAACCGCGUCGUAGAGGUCGAAAGAAUCAUUCAAAGGCAGUUCCUCCACCCUACAGCUCACUCGUUAGGGAUGCUCCAGAUGCCCCAGCCAAGGACAUUAUCGCCACAGGGCCCAGCUUUACAUCCCAGCAACCUGGUGGAAGGUUUGGAUUUGUUGCUCCAACAGAAAUAGCUCAUUCCGGUACUGCCCAGCCCAAUAUUCAGGCAUUGCACAACCCGCAUGUCACCAUUGGGGCGAAGGACGCUGAGCAGCGCACUCGGGACGCCAUUGCCGAGCAACGAGCUCGAGAUGCCAUUGCCGAGCAAUGA